GAGAGAGAGAGAGAAGCUUGGCCAGCAGCAGCAGCGACUGAAGAAAAUGGCGAUCUCACAGGAUGAAUGCCUCCCCUCGUAGAUGCUGCAAACGCGUUGAAUUUCUUUAGCCUUACAGUCGGCUUUCUUUUCCACUCUGUUGCACUUUAUUCUUCAAUGAGAGAUUCGGAAUUGGAAGCUGUUGCCACCAAAGAAACUGAAGCAUCUUAACAGGGAACACACCCACAGAGGGAAGACCAGUGGAUGGAAGAGAGAGAGCGAGAGACAGAGUGUGACAAGGAAGGAGGAUAAGAAGAUACGGGCCUGGACAAAAGUGCCAGAGCACACCAAGUCAAGACAGACUCCUUAACCUAAACCACACCCCCUCUUCCCCCUCCCCACUUACAGAAUACACACACAAAUACAGUCCUCAGCGAUGCCAAGGGGGCCCGAUCAGGCUGCCGCCCGCUCUGAAAAGCCCCGCCUCUUCACCUCAGACCUUUGAGGCCGUGCUCUCUGAGCUUUGACGUUUGACCUCCCCAAGCAUCGACCUGGGAACUCGAGGUCACCUGUUCUCCACUCAACCUGAGGACGCCUCCCUGUCCAGCCAGGAGUCGCAGCCACCAGCGGCAGUCAAAGGCAUGGCUCCCAUUCGGGAUUCCGUCAGCCACUCCCCUAAUCAAACAGGUUUGGAGCAUCCUGGUCUGGACUCGCAGUAUGAGCCUUCCCCCUGGUCCUCUGGCUCUCCAUGCAACAGUGACAGCAACAGUAACUGGGGCAAAGUCCUAGUGGACGGAAGCGGUGACCAACCCAAUAACCCCUCUUCCACCAGCUCGUCCAUCUGGCCGCCCUCCUCCUCUUCAUUUUCUUGUUCCUCCUCCUCUUCCUCCUCUGGCUGUGGAUCAGGAUCAGACCCCGAGUUGGCAUCAGAAUGCAUGGACGCAGAAUCUAACUCCUCAAUCGGCUCAGAGAAAAACCUUGCUGCUGUCGCUGUGACAACGGCGAUGAUGAUGUCAACAAAUGCUUCUUCCUCUGCGUCUUCUACAGCUUCUUCACCCACCUCGUCCUUGACUUCUCCCAUGAUGGUCGGGGUUUCUCUGAACGGCGAUAGCAAUGGCAACAGUCGGCAGGCGAUUGGCGGAGGUCUGGGAGUAAUCAGCAGUCCAAAUAAUGGAAAUAACACCACUGGGCCCUCAAACUACUCCGUGGCGGGGUCCAACAGUAUUGGCAGCAAUAACAUUAGUAACCACAACAACAAGCUUGUCACCAACAGUGGUGCCUGGGGUGCCCAAUCAGGAAGCAGUGCCAUCACCGCUGGUGGCGGCAGCACCCCUUGCAUCAAUGGCGGGUUAAACCCAAACACUUUAAACCCAAAUGCCAACCACGGUGCCUGGCCACAAAACCCAACCCCAAGCCCGGUGUCCCUGGGCCAGCGGCCUGCACAGGCUCAGGGGAUUUCCAAAAUGGGUCUGGCCCCCCAACAGGGCCAGUUGUUGGGCUGGGGUGGCAUGGCAGCUCCAGAAAAUAGCAGUAUGAUGGAAGACACUGAGGCGAAUAAUGGUACAACUAGCGGCAAGGUAUUAGGAAGCGGCAACAGUGGAAAUGGUGGCCUGCAGCCUACCAACCUUAACACUGAAUCCAAUGGACCAAAUAACACUAUCAUGAUGAAUACUACUAAUACUACUACUACUAACGCCACAAUGACCUCUAGUCCACCAAACUCUACCGCCUCACCCCAACUCAGCGGGAAUUGUUCCUGGGAAUCCAUUGGUGGAGGGAGUGGGGGUCCGUUGGCCAAUGGAAGUCCCUCAUCAGCCCCCCAGCAUCCCCAAGGAGACUUAGGAGCUGCGGCAUUCGGUACGCCUUGGGGCGCAGCUACCUACCCUGUAGACAAGGGCCCCCCAAACGCAGACACUGUGAACCCUCAAAUCUCCUCUACUGCUGCUUACAAGAGUAAUAAUAACCACAAUAACACUGGGGCCCCACACUGGGAUCAGGGGCCCAACAGCACCCCAAACCAGCCUCAGAGCUGGGGAGUGGGCUCAAAUCAAAUACCGGGCUCCGCAGGCCAGACACCUGGAAAUGGCAACCAAACUGCAAUAGGUCCUCCAGCAGGGAUCCCGCGCCCGUGGGGGAGCAGUGCAUCCUCUUCUUCCUCAUCCUCAUCGUCGUCUUCUCUAUCAAACAAUAAGAUGUCAAAUGGACAAUGGGGAUCAACAGCUUCUGGCAACGUUACAGACACCGCAAGUCAUAAAGGAACAUCUGCCAGCAAUGGCUGGAAGAGCCUGGAGGAUGAUGCCAUGGGUAUGGGAGGAGGCGGAAGUCAGAGUUUGGGAAGCGUCUCUGGAGGUUGGGGUCGUUCUGGAGGAAGUGAGGGAAGCGCCGAGAGCUCCGGCGGCCGAUCCAGCUCUGACAGAGAACAGCAAAAAGGAGCAAAUCGCAGGAAAGUCAACAAUUCUGCAGUACUUCUUUCAGCCAUGACUGAUGUGGACCCAAGGGUUCUGUCCAACACUGGAUGGGGUCAGACGCCCAUACGGCAGAACACUGCCUGGGAUGUCAGUUCUCCAAACAACAAGAUUUCCAGAGGAGAUGAAAGAAAGCUCAGUAGUUCAAGCUCCAACUGGGGCUCAGCGACACAGGCAGCUCCUUCCCAGACAUCAGGAGGCUGGGGCGGUGGGCCGAGCAGCUCAGGCUUGGACACAGGUUGUUCUGGCUGGGGAGAGCAGAGGCCAACCUCUGGUUGGGACAACAAAGUCCAGUCAAAUGGUGGAGGUGGACAGAGUGGCUGGGAAGAUGGAUCCAGCUACAAAGGUGGCAACACUAACACCUGGAGUAACAACGUUAACAAAGAUGACAGAUCCAAUACCUGGACUAAUGGCCCGAAGCCGCAGCAGGGAUGGGGUUCCAAUGGUGGAAAUGCAAGUGAAACCUGGGGAGGAAGUGGAAAUGGUACCCAAGCCACGGCCAACAACCACUGGGGUGAACCCCAAAAGGGCGCGGGCUCGGUGGGAUGGGACAGCGACAGUGACCGCUCUGGCUCUGGAUGUUGGAGUGAGCCAAGCCGAACCACUACCAGCAGCAGCAACACCUGGGUCGGGAGCGGCGGUUCAAAUACUCCAGACCAGAGCACUCCAAACCCCAGCUCCAACUGGGGAGACUCAGCCCACAGAUCUCAUGCUCAGAAUAACAGUCAGGGCUGGGGUGAGCCAAUGAAGAACAACCACGGAGGCCAGAAUUGGGGUGAACCAAAUCCCAAGCCUUCCAAUGAGUGGGGAAAAGGUCCGGAGUCCGGAAACACUUCCAGAGGCAAUCAAGGAUCCAUCAAGCCCACGGGCUGGCUGGGAGGACCCAUACCCACAACGGGUCAGAAGGAGGAAACAUCAAGUGGGUGGGAAGAGCCAUCCCCAGAAUCCAUCCGUCGGAAGAUGGAGAUUGAUGACGGAACUUCAGCCUGGGGAGAUCCUGGCAAAUACGGCGGUGGAUCUGUCAACAUGUGGAACAGGACUGGUCAACCAGACCAGGAGGCCAUGAGCUCGUCCUCUCAGCACCAGUCCCACCCGGUAGCACACAGCUCAAUGCAGCAUAACAACCAGGAGAAAAACAGUUCUUUUUGGUCUGACUCGUACCCUCAGCAGAAGGAGUCCUCAUCGUGGGGGGAGCCGACCUCUGCUCCUCCUGUGACGGUGGACAAUGGGACUUCUGCCUGGGGAAAGCCCUUGGACAGCACGUCUGGCUGGAACGAGCCCAGCAGGGACAACAGAGAGUCUGUGUCCGGAUGGAGCAGCCAGUCUAAAUCAGCUCAAGGUCCUAAGCCCAUGGAGACAUGGUGUGGUGAAGAUGUGUCCAUGAGCAACAGCUGGGACCAAGAGGAGGAAGUGGAGAUUGGCAUGUGGAACAACAACCAACACGACAACCGGUCCCACGACCAAAACACCUGGAACUACAAACACAAAGGCUCCAAUAAGAUGAACAAAUCUGUCAACAAGCCGGACGAACCCUGGAUGAAGCCCUUUAUCAGCCAGUUCAACAACAUGAACUUCUCUAGAGACUCUCCUGAUGAUUCCAUGAAGCAGGGAUCCGGGAUGGUGCAGGACAAGCGUAUGGACAUGGGAAGCAUUGGAGACUUCAGUGGAGUGAUGGGGAAGAACCACGGCUCAAGACUCCAGCUCCACAAAGAGUCUGCCAUGGAUCGCAGUCCGUACUACGACAAGCUCUCCCCCUCUGCUUACGAUAGUCCAGCUUCUGACGAGCUCUCCUGCAAUCAAAGCAUGAGCAUCUCCCCUUCUAAUUCCGCUCAGCCUGUGCCCCGUCCCAACUCUGGGCCAUCUCCGUCCCACGCUAGUUCUGGGUCAGUUCGGCAGAAUGUAAACCCUAUGUUAGGUGGCAACAGCGUAGCACAGGGCCGUGGCGGCCCCCAGUCCCAGCCACCUCCUCAACCCAAUCACCGCAACCAAGUGCCUCCACCCAUCCUGCCCUCUCAGGUCCCUCCAUCCCUGUUGAAGUACCCAGGAGGUAACGGGGGUCUGAAUCCUCUGUUCGGCCCUCAGCAGGUGGCUGUUCUCAAUCAACUCUCCCAGCUCAACCAGCUGUCACAGCUCAACCAGAUCAACCAGUUACAGCGUCUCCUCCUCCAGCAGCAGCAGCAGCAGCAGCAGAAGGCUCAGAGCCAGAGACCCAUGCCAGUGGGACGUCCGUCUGAAGCGACGCGUCCAAUUGGCUCGUCUCCCUCGUUGAUGCAGCCGCCGCGACACCUGGACCCCUCCCUCAUGAAACAAGCCCCGCCACUUAAACCAUACCUGGAUAACUACAUGUCCCACAAUACACCUGAGCUGCAGAAGGAUACUAACGCUCUUGCAUCCUUCAGCAACUUCCCUUUAAGCUUGAACUCUAACCUGAAUGUAUCCCUGGACAUGGGCGUUGGUGGUGGUAGUGGUGGCGGUGGAUCUGUGAGCUACAAAGAGCCACCCCAGUCCAGACUGAAGAAACUUUGGGCUACUGACCCUCUGGAGCAGAACAGCAAACCUGGUGCUAUGUCGUCUGGGCUGCGUCUUGAGGACUCUUCCUUCUAUGACUUUCUGACUCCUGGCCCGUCUCCCCUGAGCCCUCCUGGCCAAUCACUCGGCUCGGUGGGCGAUGGCUGGCCACCCCGUGCCAACUCCCCCCCGCCCCAUGGAAACACUGUCACCUGGCCCCCAGAGUUCCGGCCCGGGGAACCUUGGAAAGGUUACCCUAACAUUGACCCUGAGACUGACCCAUUUGUGACCCCCGGCAGUGUCAUCAACAACCUCUCCAUCAACACCGUCCGUGACACAGACCACCUCAGGGACAGGAACAACGGGCCAUCCUCAUCACUGAACACCACGAUGCCUUCUAACAGUGCCUGGUCAUCCAUUCGUGCCUCCAGCCACAGCGGUUCCCUCACCAGUACAGCACAAAGCACUUCAGCCAGACCCAGUGAGUCGAAGUGGUCCCCCGGCAGCGGUUCUGUGUCCAACUCUUCCCUCGCUCACGAGCUGUGGAAGGUCCCCCUGCCUCCCAAGGCGCUGUCUGUGGCGACCCCCUCCAGGCCACCGCCCGGCCUCACCAGCCAGAAGCCCAGCCCCGCCUCCUCCGGCUGGGACGGCUCUGCCCUGAGGCUGGGCGGCUGGAGCUCCGCUGAGUCCAGAUACACACCUGGCACCAGUUGGGGCGACAGCAGCAGCUCAGGGAGAACCCAGUGGCUCGUUCUGAAGAAUCUCACACCUCAGAUUGACGGCUCCACACUGAGGACCCUGUGCAUGCAGCACGGCCCUCUGAUCACAUUCCACCUCAACCUGCCGCACGGCAACGCAGUGGUAUGCUACAGCUCCAAGGACGAGGCCGCCAAGGCCCAGAAGAGCCUGCACAUGUGUGUUUUGGGGAACACUACUAUUCUGGCUGAGUUCGCCAGCGAGGAGGAAAUCAACCGUUUCUUUGCACAAGGGCAGUCUUUAGCCACUCCCUCCUCCAGCUGGCAGGCCAUUGGCUCCUCCCAGAGCCGGAUGGAUCAGUCUCACCCGUUUCCCAGCCGCGCUCCGGAACCCAACCAGUGGAACAGCAGCGAUCUCCACAGCUCCUCCCUCUGGGGCGGGCCCAACUAUUCCAGUAGCCUGUGGGGGAACCCCAGUGGCACCGAGGCAGGGAGGAUCAGCAGCCCGUCUCCAAUCAGCUCCUUCCUCCCGGUGGAUCACCUGACAGGCGGAGGGGACUCCAUGUGAACCGCCUCCGCCAAUCAAAGCAGGCUGGGUGAAGGGUCAGUAGAGAAUCAUCAAUAAUCAGCAGAAGAAAAUGGAAAACAGUAGUUUGAAAUGCUAUGGCACUAGUUGGACUCUUUCUCACUUAACAGAUAUUCAACAAAGCGGGGUCUGCCCUGUGGAAAACAAGUUACGUUUCUCUCUCUGCACAUAUGUCCACUUUGUUUUAGCCCAAAAACAUAUCAGUCGGAAUACUUGAAUCAUGCAGGCCAAUUCUAUAAUGUGAACGGAUGGAUAUUUGCUUCCAGGUAGUGCUCUUUCAGACGGAAAAAAAGCUUCAAUCGAGCUCAUUAUUAUUAUAUAUAUUUUUUUGUUUCAUUUGUCAUGUUUAUUUGAAUUCCAAUUCUUUUUAUUUUUCAAGUUUUUUCUUUUUGUUUUAUUUUGUUUUGCUGACAAUGUUGGAGUAUGAGAGCUUUUUUAACUUUGCACUGAAUGUGGUUUUUUCUCAGUAUAUAUAAUCUGCAAUAUAGAGGGAGCAGCCAGUUUUUCCAGUGUAGCUGUUUACUCAUUGAGGUCCUUACCGUGUGUGUGUGCGUGUGUGAGAGUACUGUGUGCGUGCAUGUGUGUGAUUGCGAGUUGCAACCGAGUACGUGUGCGCUCCUCUCUGCCUUGGCACGCCUACCUUACUGCGUUGUCGUGGAGUUCAAGAUCAACAGAUAGUUAAAGAAUAAAACCUGACGUAGGAGGAAUAUCUGGUGAUAUUAAAAGUGACAUUAAAAAAAGUAUUGCACCAAUUUUUGUUUUAAAACUAAAGAACGUUGAGCUCUGCAGUGCAAAGGACUGUAGCCGCAGCUGGGACUAGCAAGCCCCGCCCACCCUAAUAUAGGAGGCGGGCCUAUCUAGCAAGCCCUCCCUUUUCGCCCCCGCCCCUCCCGAGUGGGGGAAGGAGGAGGGAACAGCACUUUCAGAAUAGGCUUUCAAUGUUUUGGAGGUGCCACACUGCAACCUCUUGUUUACAAGACUUAGGAGGCGGAACGUGUGUUCAUUCUUCAUUUUAAAGAGAAGAUGGAAAACAAACAAAAAAAACAAAAAAAUGCACAAAAAAAAAACAAAAAGAAAAAAAAUACUCAAUAAAAAUGAUAAAAGAGAAAAUCAGCAAAAAAAAAAUCUCUUAUUGAGGAUGAAGACGAUGCUUUGUAACUCUGGGAAUUCGGAUCAGUGUUUUUGGCCAUGGCGUUGGUUAUUUGAACUAUUCCUCUUUGUCUGCUAAAUAACCAGCAAUGGUUCUCAGGAAAUCAAGCCAGUUUUCCCCCCCUUGUAGUGGAAUUAAAAAAACUACUACUCCUUGUAGGAAAGGAAAAUCCAAUUUCUAGCACUGAAAACUAUGUAUAGGUCUAAGUUUUUUUUUUUUUUUUUCCUCUGCCAAAUAACUGCUUUAAGCUGGAGAAGCUCAACACACUGCUUUCAAUAUGCUGUCUCGACGGAAGAGGAGGCUCCUAAUGCGGGGAGGGGGCGGCGAGGCGGAGGGCGCUGCCCCUCCUCUCCUCCUCUUCCUCCACUCCUUCACUCCACUGAUUUAAAAAAAAAAAAACAGCAAAAAAAAUAGAAGAAAAAAAAAUCAAAAAGUGGGGAGUGUUUAUGGUGUGAGUGUGUGGCUGUCAGUGGAAAAUGUUCUUGUCUCGUCAGACUUCGAAACCAAGAGAAAGGCGAAUCUGUAUCUAUGCAUACUGUAGCCUCUCACGUUCACAUGGCCUACUGAGAGGUGUUCUUUAUUUCCCAUGUCUCACACCAUGUUUUAAAUGUUUCAUCAAGUACAACAAAAUAUUACUUGCGUUUUUUCUUUUUUUUUUUUUUUUUUUUUUUUAAUAUUGCUCUCAUUGCCACAAAUGUGUUUAAAGAAAUAGGAAAGAAGACAAAAAAACUUUAAAAAUCUCGUUUUGGUUGAAGAUAAUAUUUUAACAGUGCAAAAGUCGUCCACAUUUCAUUGCCUUGAUCCUAAUUGUGUCCGAAGAUGCAACAACAAGUCAAGUGGCUUCUACCUGUUUACAAAUAGAAUAUGAUUGUAUUGUUGUACUGUUCUUUUUAUUUUUAUUUUUUCUCUCUCUCUCUCUUCUUCUUCCUUCGGGUCAGGGGAGGGUGGGGUACUCAUCUGAAGUUCCUGAUGUGAUCAAGUGUGUGUGUAUGUGUGUGUGUGUGUACCAGCAGAUGUGAGUUCUACAGCUGGAGUGUGAGUGUGAGAGAACAGCGUGAAUGUAAAUCCACCAGUGGUGUUUCUUUUAUUUUAUUUUACUUUUUUUUUUGUUGUUGACAAAAAUACAAGCAUGAAAAAUAGAAUUACCUACCAGUGAUUGUUCAGUUACUAUGAUGCACAAUUUUUUGAGGAAUAACUAAAAGAAAAAAAAAAAAGACGCUUCAGAGUGCGUGAAUGAGACGUCAGCAUUAGCGAAGCCAUGGACCUUAAUUUACUUUUCUUCACCGUGUUAUGAUUCUGUGUUUGAAGCCUGUCGUUUUCCCCGUGUGUGUGUUCGUGCGUGCACGCGUACAUUUCCCCCCCCCCUCUGAUAUAGGGUUUUAUUUCAGAAGUACUAGAAGCUGUUGGCUUUAGUUGUUUUUAAGUUUAGCCGUGAAUAUUUAACACCUUCUGAGCAGAUGUAGUGAGACAGAACCUCGAGUGUUAGCCAGACUUGACAGUGGUGUGUGCCAGUAUUGAACCGCUCUCUACCAAAUAAUUCAAUCAUACAAAAUAUUAGUUUACUUAAUUCCAGAUCUCUUUGCUUAAACUAUAUAUUAUAAAUAUCUAUCUUAUUGUUUUUGUCUUGUUGAACAUUUGUUAUCCAGUGGAACAUCCGAACUGUGCUUGUCUUUUUUUUUUGCUUUUUUUUUUUUUUUUGUUUUGAGUUGACUUCAUUUGACAAAUUGAACUGAGGAGCCUUGGAUUUUGCACUUGGUGGGUUGGAGGAGAAGGCCGAGUGAGCGGAGAGCAAAGCGGGAGACGGUCAGACAGACGAGGGUGGUGUACUUUAGAGUUUUUCUGUCCGAGAGAGAAGGUGCGCCUGUGAGUGUAUUGUGACAGGGUAAAGUGUGUGUGUCAGUGUGUGUGCGCGUGUCUCAGUUGUUUCGAACUGAAGUGAAAGCUGUUUGUGUGAAAAAGAGAAGAUGGUGCUUUGUUGAUCCCCAGCUCGGCGAGCGGGAGAAGACGGAGGGGGGCGCCGCCGUCCGCCCUCCGGGUUUACCUCUCCCCCCGCCGGCGCUGGCCCAGCCGGCCGGUCGGGGCGGCGGCCUGGCCACGCCGCCCACGCCGGGCCAGAAUGUAGCUGCAAACGGUUUUAUUUUGAAAUAGUACAAACGACAGCGGAGCCUCGAGUCUGCCUUCUGCGGCCUCGGACGGCAGAGAGCGAGCGCGCUUGCGUGCCGAGCUUGACUGAAAACGAGGCGAGGCUUCCUGUCGGGCGGGGCUGUGACUCACGGUGGCUUUUCAGGGACUCGGGGUUUUGGGGUUGGGGGGGUUACACUGGCUUCAGCCCAGGAGAGACAGAACUGACCGGGAGGGGGGGGGACUGAACUUUAAGUUUUUAGCUGUGUGUGUGUGUGUGUGUUUCCUGAUCCCCCGUCGUCGGGUCGAGCCGCUCGGAGACUCUGCUGUUAGAGAAGGGACAAGCAACGUCUGUAAAACGCCUCUCAUUCAAGUCCAUGUUACUGUCUGCGGUCGCCAGCUUAUUCUCGCUCCAUUUCUGUCUAGUCCACUGAGUGUGUUUGUGUGUGUGUGCUUGUGUGACUGAGGAAAUAUGCAAAAACCCAGUGUUGUGCAGAAGAGGUGUGUGUAACACAUUAUCAUGCCAAAUUGAGGAGGGAGGGUGAGUGAGAGGGAAGGAAAGGGAUCGAUACUUUGAUUUUUUUUUUUUUUUCUGUUUUCUGUUUGGUUGUGUACGUGUGCAUUUCUGUAUUUAAAAAGCUGGACAAUGUUAAAUGCUUGAAGAUAUAUAUAAAAAAAAACAAAAAAACAAAACCUUGUCAUUUUGCAAAAAGGAUGAUGUGAGGAAAAAAACCUUUUUCAGUUCAAGUGAAAUCCACCACGAGCAAUGUACAAUCCCCCCAGGGCUGCCAAGCAGCUUCCCGACAGGGCCAGAGCGGGGAGGACAGACGGACGUAGGGAGGGAAGCUGGCUGGUGAUACGCUACUACUUUUUAAUAUUUAAGAAUUAAAAAAAAAAUAAUGUGACUUUUUGUUUCUCUUAACUAUCCUGUGAGUAAAUGCUAUAUUAUACCAUGACACACACACACACACACACACACACACACCUGACGGCUCCUACGGUCGAUCAAAAAAAGCGCUAAAGGCUAUUUUUUUUGGAGAACAAAAAGGAAAAAAAAAAAAGAAAAAUCAACAAAAAAAAACCAUACACAAAAGAAAAAAAAAACACAAAAACUGUGAGAAUCUGCUGUCUUUUUUGUCGUUUUACAUUUAGUAUGAAAACACACACAAACAAAAACCCUGAAAAGCUUUAGUCUAACCAGCACAAAGACGUGGGGGGGGGGAGGGGCGGGGUUAUCGGGGAGGGCGGGGGGUGGGGGGGGUCGUCGCUCAGAGAGACUAUGCAGUGGAGUGUUGAACCCAGGCUUCCAUGUCCACCUUGGGUUUUUGUGUUUUUUGCUGUCUUUUAAGUAAAAAUAAUCCCAACAUCUUACUAAAAAAAAAAGAAGAAAAAAAAAACUCAGCUGAGACGGGAUUCCCAAUAAUAUUCCUCAAACAUGUUGUGCCAUCGUUGAAAUCGUACUUCUAGUACUACUAAUAAUGAUAAACUGAAAAAACAAAAAACAAAAAAAAAAAAACAAACCUUUAUUACCUACCGCCGGGCCA